CAAAAUGACAUCUCGAGUCUGGACGGGAUUCACGGACGAGGAUAUUAUUAAUUUACAAAAAGGAAAUGGCACGCAGAAUGCUAAAGUUAAGAAGCAGACACCUCAUUUGCGACAGGCCAAGCUGCAGGGCGGAGCCAAGCAACCACCACGGGAGAAACUGGGGAUUGCGAAGAUGGGAAAAACACCCCACAGUUACACACCCAUCCCCCCCCAGGCUAGGCUCUCAGAGUCGAAGGAACAAGACUACCCCAGUAGUUCCUCUCCGUCAUCAGAGCAUCACAGUCCAGAGCACCUUCAGAGCAGCUCACAGUCGGUCUCCCCAACACCCCCCUCACCCUGCAAAUCACCCACAGGAAGCCAUGCCAAGAAUGUCAAAAUCCGCGUAAGAGAGAACAAUUCCUACGAAUUAGUGUCCACCAACGGCACAACCACUCCAGACCAGCUCGACAAUCAGUCCGAGAGCGAGAAUUUGAUUGAAGAUAAGAUGGAAGAUGGUAGUGGAAGGGGAGACGGUGUGACGCUGGAAAUGUUCCAGAAACGGCAGAAAAUGAUGGAGGAACAGAACAGACUGAGAAGAGAGAUGCUCGCCAAAGCCAUUGCAGAUAGGAGUCGCCGCACUCAGUCAGAAGCUCAAAAACUGAAACAGAUCCAAGUAGAGUUGGCAAAGUUGGACUCUCUUCUCUCAACUGAUGUUUCUAUACUGCGAGACCAAAUAGAAGUGGCCAGUUUGGAGUUCAGUGAAGCACAGAAGAGAUAUGACAAAGCUGAGCGGGAAUUCAUCGAGGCCAAGCUCCAGCUGUUCAACAAGCUGGAGAAGAAGGAGCUACUGACGGAACACCUUUGCCGCAUCAUCGAGGCCAAUGAGCAGAGGAAAGCCAACAAACUCUCUGAGCUCAUGGCUAAGCUGGAGAUAGUCGAUGUGUCCAUCGAUCUCCCUGAGCCCAGUCCUGGAGAGGUUCUGCCACAACUAGCCAGCCUUGAUGAGAUCACAUACACGGCCUGCACUACCUUGAAAGACCCAAAGAAGACUGCACUUACAAUACAGCAGAUUCAAGCAAAGAACAAGGGAGAACACCUAAAACCCACUCCAAAAGAGGAACCGCAAAAUGAAAAAGGUAAGAAGGAUACAGAUGAUAAACAGGAGGCACAAGAGAGUGUUGGGAAAAAGGAAGAAAAUGAGACUGUACAGGAAAACAAUGAUGAUGGAAGUCUGAAAGAAAACAGUACUGAGAGAACAAAAGAAACAAAAGAAUGCCAGGUGCAGACUCAAGCGGAAAGUGAAAAAGGCCCUUCAGCUGGGGAGAGCAGUAAUGCAGAAAGUUCCAAGAAAGACAAUGACCAAAAGGAAAUGAGAAAGGAAGGGGAAGAACAUGAAGAAAAAGGGAUGAUAGAGGAGGCUGAGAAGUGCCCUAAGGAUGAACAAGAAGCCUCUAGCCUCCAGAGCAUCCAUGAAAAAGAAGGUGCCGAGGGAGAAACCUGAGCAACGAAAGAGGCCUUUUCAUGAGUUUUUUUCCUCUUUCUUUUUCUCUUUUUCUUUUUUUUUUAGUGUGUCAGUCAGUGUAGUAGGCUCCUUGCUGCUUGAUCUUUAAGUCAUUGAUCAAAUUUCUUAAGUUGUGGAGUUGAGUGUUAUUAUUGUCAGUGUGAUGACAAGUGCAAUAUUGAUUAAAACGUCUUCCUUGCAAAUCAGGCACUUAACAUUCAUGGCGUAGGUAAUGUCAGUAUAUCCUUCUGAUUUCCUGUGAGUCAUGCAAAAAAAUGCUUCCUUUUGCCAUAGUCACCUCUUCUUGCAUUGCAGCUGUUUCAUGUCCAUACAUGUUCUGUUCUUUCCAUGCAAUAAAACUUCACUGCAUGUAAACUCCUACUGGCAUGAGAUAAUUGCCUGAUCUAAAUGCUCAUUUCAGUCAGGCACUCACAGACUUCAGCUUUAUUAAGAUUAGGGUCUUCUCCAUGACAGAUUGUGAUGGUCAGAUGUACUCAACUAUUAGUUGUAAUGUAUUCAUGUGGGCUAUGAAUGUGUCAGUGUAUUAUUUGAAUUAUGUGUGCCUGAUGCUUUAAUGUAGAUGUUAAUUGUAUUAUGGUACUGAGAUCUAAAAAGUCAGUUGUUAUACAAUAUAUGGAUGAUGCCAAUCAACACUAUAAACACAAGUAUGAUGCUCAAGUUUUCCCACAAGGAAGUUAUAUUGAACUGUUGCUCCAUGCACUUAAAAAAAAGAAGCUUAACUGGAACACCAUCUGAUUUAUCCUAACUAGACAAAGCUAUAUUUUUGAACAGCAGAUUAAUCCUUUUAAAUACUCUAUUUUUUCUAUUUUUUAUUCUCAUUUUUUCCUCAUAGUUUAAUUGGAAAAGAAUUUUGAUUUAAAGGAUGUGAAUAGACACAUCGAAGUCAGAAAGCCUUGCGCAUUCAAAUUCAUUCAGUAAAAAGUAGUGAAAUAAGUAACACCAGUUCCCAGAUUCAAGCUUCACAAAUGGCACAAGAGAGGAAUUCUUGAAGAUAUCCUCCUUAGUUCGUAGAGCAAAUCUUUUCUGUAAUCAGCAGGAAAGUAUUAUUUAGAAAUAAUAACCAUCCAUAUAAGUUUUCUUAGCAUUAAAUUUUGUGAGAAAGAAGAUUUGAAAGAAAGCACUUUAACAAUCAAGAAGUUGUUGAAUAUAUUUAAGUAGAAAUUCUUUAGGUUUGAAGUUCAGUCCAUGGGUAUUCUGCAGGAGUCCUCUUUCAAUUCUGUGAGUUAACAUUUUAUUGACGUGCAAAGCAUUAAACUGCUUGUAAUUUUCAUGCUAUAUAUAGGAUAACAUCUGAUCCAUUUGUUAAUGGCAGUUAUGAGAAUUGCUUUGUUAGAAAUGGCUCACAGACUUUUUUAUAAGUACAAAUUAAAGGAGAUAGUCUUAUUUAUUUGCUAAAUGCUGUAUGUUGUUAAUGAUAUCCUCAUCUUCAAAAUAUAGUUUUUAUUAUUAUUAUUAUUAUUAUUAUUAUUAUUAUUAUUAUUGUUAUUAUCAUUAUUAUUGCACAUGAUUAUUCACAAUUAAUAAUUUAUACUACAGCUAUUGCUGCUACUAUCAUUAUUGUACAUCAAACAAGAUAUGAAACUCAGCUACCUUAGAAAUAGUGAAUCCUUCUCCUCCUCCUCCUGAUUAAGUGAUGACUGUCAAACUGCCGAGUGCUGAGUAUUUACCUUUAAUUACUUGUUUCUCUACCAAGGUGUUUAUUGAAAAAGUUGCCAGAUAUAUUAUCUAUUUUAGAAUUCAUAUGUUGUUCAGUUUUGAAACACUGACAACAGGAAUCACAUACCCACAAUGACCCAGUUACUGUUUUGGACCUCAAUUGUAGUUGGUGAUUAAGUGUUUACAGCUGAGCAGAAUAUAGAUAAGUGUACAUGUGUGUGUGUUUGUGUGUGUAUAUAAAGCAAUCAAAGUCAUGGAUGUAUUUUCUUUUGCGCAUAUUGUAUUUUUGAUAACUUUAGCAGUGUUUUAGUAAGAGAUGAGUGACUUCCCACUUCUAGACUUGACUGUUGUCUUCAAAACAGUGUACACGUCAAUGUGAUAUCAGACAUGUAGAUAGUACCAUUUGAUUUGGAAAUCUCAUCUUGUCGAAAGUAAAUCUGGGCUUCCAUGUUAAACAACUGAUGCCAGCUCCUGUGAUGAGUUUAGAAUUUUUAAAGUGAAAAGGAAAUUUUUGUGCUGACGCAGUUUAUUUGUGAUUCAAAGAAUAUUAUCUGUCAUUAGAUAUUUGUUUUUUUAGCUUACAGAGCAUCAAUCUUUGGUUUUUGUUGUGUGAUGGAGUCGGUAUCAUAUUCUAUAUAAUUUAUUACCAGUAAUAGUAAGAAUUUAAUAUGAAUCUAUACCACAUCUUCUUGUUAUGACUAUUCUUUGAAUAUCAUUACCAUUUAUCCCUAUAGAUAUAAUUUGUUUCCUCUUGAUAUCAAUUCAGAGAAGCAAAGGAACUGCUUUACAUGGAGUUUACAAGCUGUUGUGAUGGUUAUGUUUAUUAGUGCAAACAAAUACUUGUCUGUGUUGUGCUUUAAUGUUGGUGAAAAAAUGGCCUCUACAGAAGUGAAAUGUCAGAAUGUUGUAUUAGAUUCCAACCAAAGGUAACAGACAUAAAAUGUGUGGUGCUAAUUUUAAAGAUAGGAAUGGAUGUUAGGCUGCAUUUAAGAUUGUUACUGUUAUCAUGAGUACUGCAGAUUUGUAAAGAUGGUUUAGUACAGUGUUGCACUAAAUCCAACUGUUGUUGAUAUGUAGAUUAAUCAAAAGAUGUAAUCCUAUUUAUAUUUUAUUCUAUUUGAAAUAUAGGACUGGAUAUAUCAUUUAGGUUGGAUAUUAGCCAUUGAUUUUGAGAUAUGAGAAUGUUGGUCCCGCUUGAAAAGGUACUUGAUUUUUUGUAAAAUCUAAUGAGGAUGUCUGAAUAUUAGUGUAUGCCACUCCACACCUGGGCAGUUGUCCAGCUUGCAGUUAGGCACAUGAGACCUUAUACCAUUUAUGGGGACGUGGACUCAUGAUGUGAGGCAUCACCUGGUGUCUGAUAAUUAGCAUGACAUGAUAGCAUGUUACCCAUUACCAGUGGAUUAAUGUGCAUACCACUGAGCACACUUUGAUUUUUUCUUCUUUUACUCCUUCAGCAAAUGUUUAUAUAUAUAUAUAUAUAUAUAUAUAUAUAU